AGGUUAUCUCACCCAGAAGGGCCUGGGCCCCACCAUGCCAGCAAAGGGGCUGAGGCGGCCCCUCCCCAGCCUCCCAGUCGAGCGGCCAAUCCGAGUCGGGUCCCCGCCCCACUGGCCGGUCAGGAGGCGGUGGCGCGGCCCGAGGCUGCACCGGGAGCUCCAGCUCUGUGUCAGGCAAUAGAGGAAGAAGUCAAGAUGAAUGCUAAGGAGCUCCCAUGUGGUGACUGGGGUCCUGAGCCUGGAUCCUCUCCAAUGCCCAGGAAGAAGUUUGGCAUGGUGGUGGUCGGCGUGGGCAGGGCUGGCUCUGUGCGCAUGAGGGACCUGCAGAGCCCACAUGCCUCCUCUGCUUUCCUGAGCCUGAUGGGCUUCGUGUCCAGACGAGAGCUUGGGAGCAUUGAUGGUGUCCAGCAGAUUUCUUUGGAAGAUGCUCUUUCCAACCAAGAGGUUGAGGUUGCUUACAUCUGCACUGAAAGCUCCAGCCAUGAGGACUACAUCAGGCAGUUCCUGAAUGCUGGCAAGCAUGUCCUUGUGGAAUAUCCCAUGGCAUUGUCUCUGGCAGCAGCUGAGGACCUGUGGGCACUGGCUGAACAGAAAGGGAAAGUCUUGCAUGAGGAGCAUAUUGAACUCUUGAUGGAGGAAUUUGCAUUUCUGAAAAAAGAAGUGGUGGGGAAAGACCUAUUGAAAGGCUCUCUGCUCUUCACAGCUGGCCCACUGGAAGAAGAAAGAUUUGGCUUUCCCUCGUUCAGUGGUAUUUCUCGCCUGACCUGGCUGGUGUCUCUCUUUGGGGAGCUUUCUCUUGUAUCUGCCACUUUGGAAGAGCGAAAGGAGGAUCAAUAUAUGAAAAUGACCGUGUGCUUGGAGACUGAGAACAAGCGCCCACUGACAUGGAUUGAAGAGAAAGGACAAGGUUUAAAGAGAAACAGAUACUUAAGCUUCCAUUUCAAAUCUGGGGCCCUAGAGAAUAUGCCAAAUGUAGGCAUCAAUAAGAAUAUACUCCUGAAAGAUCAAAAUAUAUUUGUGCAGAAACUCUUGGGCCAGUUCUCUGAAAAGGAACUGGCUGCUGAAAAGAAACGCAUCCUGCAUUGUUUGGGGCUGGCAGAAGAAAUCCAGAAAAACUGUUACUCGCAGAAGUAAAUCAGAGAGGCACAUCUGCAUUUCUGAGACAGAACCAGAGUUUUGAUUUUUACUAAGAGUUGACCUUUAUCUCUAUUCUUACAAUUAAAUGCAACUUGGGUAAAUGGGA